AUGGUUUUGCAAAAUAUUUUAUUGCUAUCAAAUCGCUCAGCUUUAAACUUAAAAGAAGCUAUUAAAUUACUUAAAAAACCAAAUUUAAACAGUGAUAACCUAGUACAGUGUUAUAACUUGGAACCAACACCAGGCUUGUGGUAUAUGUGUGCGUACAAUCAAAGUUCUACUGACGGCAUUGAAUGGAAAUCAACAGGCACUCGUUCAAUGCCUAAUGAAAAAAAUCCCACCGUACUGGUCGAAUACUUUUCAUCCGAAAAAGUGAAUAAAAGUGUAUUUAGAUUAACGAAGAAAAACGAAUAUGACGCUACUUUGAUUAACUAUUCAGAUGUGAACCCUACAUUUGCGAAAUUAAAAAGAACACAUAUUUCUAAAAAAAAAUCCAUCAACAAUAUUAUGAAACGUCUCAAACUAAUAAAAAAAGAUAGUAACUCUGUUUCUAUUGUUUCUAAUGAACUAAUUGAACAUGAACCCGAAGAAAAACAUGUCAGCAACAAUUUUGGAUCAUAUUUAGGAUAUGAUGGUUCCCUUCCAGGAGGUUCUACCUUUGUUCAGCCUACAGCCCAAAUAGUACAAUCUGCUCCGUGUGCUCCGACUUUAUCAAAAUUCAAGGAUUUAAAUAUUUCACCAAUUAUUGACUCUAAAUACAUACAAUCACCAAACAAAGAGUUUAUUCCUAAGAAAAAUGCAAAUGUUAUGAUUGAACACGUGAUUACGCCUAUAAUGUCAUCGUCGAAAGUAACUGAAUGGUCAAAUGAAGUUUAUGAUUCCAAUGCGUCUGAACAUAGUUUGAGUAUUCAGACAAUAGAUGAUAGCUUAUCAUCAAUUAACACAAAUAAAUCAAAUACUCAAAUGUUAACUGGUCGGAGAAUCGUCAACAUGUCUCAUAUAAUAGAACAAAUUAAAAAACGGCAUAGUGGUCCUUAUGGUUGUUCGUUUAUUGACACGGAAUAUGAAUCAGAAGUGAACUAUGGAUUUAUAUCAGUUUUUACUUUUAAGUGUACAAUGUGUAAUAUUAAAACUAGACUACAUUCGGAAUAUAUUCAUAAUUCAGAAAUGAAUAUUAAUAAUGCUGCGGUAAAUGCUUGCCAAGCUAUAGGUAUUGGACAUACACAGUUAGCAGAACUAUCAGGAUUUCUUGAUUUGCCUGCAUUGUCGAGUACUGGUUUUUUGCGUGUUCAAACCGAGGUAGCUGAAAUAAUUCACGCUACAGCUUGGGACGAAAUGAAGAAAGCCGGUGAAGAAGAAAGGAGAUUGGCAAUAGAAUCUGGUAGCUUGGAUGUGGAUGGGAUACCAAUUAUUACAGUGGUCGCGGACGGGCAUUGGUCCAAGCGAAGCUAUAAAACCAAGUACGAUGCACUGUCAGGCGCGGCAUCAAUAAUUGGUUAUAGAACCCAAAAAGUUUUAUUUGUCGGGAUUCGAAAUAAAUAUUGCAUAAUUUGUCAAAGGUCUUCAAGUAUGAAGGAUAAAGAAAAACCUGUACAUACAUGUUUCCUCAACUGGAAAAAGGCUUCAACUUGCAUGGAAGCAGAUGGUGUGCUACAAGGAUUUUCCAACAGCGUUGAAAUGCAUGGUCUUAAAUACAAUUGUUUAAUUGGUGAUGGAGAUAGUAACGUUACUAAGCGGUUAGCCGAAAGUCGACCAUAUGGCUUUAACUUUACAAUAAGAAAAAUUGAGUGUAAAAACCAUCUUAUGAGAAAUUAUGCUUCGAAACUAACAACACUAGCUAGAAAUUCGAGUUACCCUCUUCGUGUUCGCAAAUUUAUAUUAUCAAACAUUAAGAGAUUUAGAUGUGAUGUUCAGAUGGCAGCAUUACAUUGGAGAAAAGAAAUCAAUACUACCAAAACACAAAAAAUUAAAGGUCUCAGAAGUGAUUUAAUCAAUGCACCAUAUCACAGACUUGGUUAUCAUUCAAAUUGUAGGUCAUAUUUUUGUGAUCGAUCAAAACAAAUUCAAUUAAAUUUAGUCCCAGAAGCUGAAACUAGUGGAAUGAUGAGGGAAAUAGUGAACAUUGCUUCAAGGCUUGUAACUAAUGCGGAAAGUUUAUUAGAAAAUAAGACUUCUAAUAUCUGUGAACAGUUUAAUUCUGUUAUUAAUAAACACAUUGCCGGAAAACGAUUGAAUUUUAGUAGUAGAGGUAAUUAUAAUACGAGAGUAGAAGCUGCGAUUGUGUCAUUUAAUUCCAAACAAUAUUUAAGACAAAUUCAUAAAACAUUAACUAAAUGUAGUCCAGGAAUAUUUGGAAAAAAGUUUUUGAAGAACAGUCAAAGAAUACGGCUUAAUACCAGUAAAAGAAGGCAAUUAUUUCCGGAAAAAAGAAAAGCUAAAAAAUACGGAUGGAGAAGACGAAGAUUAUGGACUGGCUGA